UUCGAAGGAGAACUUUUUGGAAGGCAACUUUGAGAUUGUUUUGAAAGUAUUAGUAAAGGUGAUAUAAGAUGGCUUUCCGAGUGUUUGCGUUCUCCAACAGCCUGAAACAGGCUUCAGCGAUCUCCGACCUGUUGGCGAGAUCCUUCUGCAGCGGUCCCAAGAAUGUCGGAUUCAUUGGGCUGGGCAAUAUGGGCGGACCCAUGGCCAGCAAUCUGAUGGCCAAGGGACACAAGCUGCACGUGUUCGACAUCUCGCAGCAGGCCAAGGACAACCUGAAGGCCAAGGGUGCCGUCACGUACGACAACGUGUCGGAACUGGCCAAGGCUUCGGACUUUGUCGUCACCAUGCUGCCCAAUAACGAUAUCGUGGCCGAUACCUACGACAGCAUCCUGGCCGGCGGAGUCAACAGCAAGACUUUCUUCGUCGAUUCCAGCACCAUCGAUCCGAAUGUGGCCAAGGCCGUCCAGAAGAAGAUCCAAGCUGCCGGAGCUACCUUCGUCGAUGCCCCGGUAUCCGGAGGAGUGCCCGGAGCUCAGAACGCCACGCUGACCUUCAUGGUCGGAGGAACCCAGGAGGAGUACGAAACCGUCAAGGGCCUGCUGGAGGGUAUGGGCAAGAAGAUCACCCAUUGCGGAAGCUACGGCAUGGGACAGGCCGCCAAGGUGUGCAACAACAUGAUGCUCGGCAUCUCCAUGUGCGGUUUGGCUGAAUGCAUGAACUUGGCAAUCAGACUCGGCUUGGACCCCAAAGUAUUCGCUGACAUCAUCAACGCUUCCACCGGCCGCAGCUGGGCCUCGGAAAUCAACAACCCCGUCCCCGGUGUGCUCCCGAACGCACCCGCUGCCAAGGAAUACGCCGGAGGUUUCGCCACUGGUCUCAUCACCAAGGAUCUGGGAAUCGCCUCGGCCGUUGCGACCACCACCAACACCCCGAUCCCGUUGGGAGCUCUCACGCAUCAAAUCUACCGCACACUGAUGGCCAAGGGACUGGCAAACAAGGACUUCUCCGUCGUGUACGAUUUCAUCAAGAACGACAAAGCUUAAAGUAGUGAUCAUUCAUCCCCCAAUGUUAAACGUAAACCAGCGACGUGGCCAUAGGUCGUUCUUUCGGCAAUAAUCGUCUUCCAGAGCAUGCAUUUAAUCUUGAUGAGCUUGUAUCCUCGCAGGAAAGGAUACAAGGCGCAGGGUUUGUUUUAUUAUACAGUAAAUAUACGGUAACAGAGUGAUACGUAUUAUCUA